AUGGAGGUGUCGUUGAAGCGAAGCGAUGUGCCGAGACGGCGGCGGAUGGAAAUCGUCGCGGCGAUCAAAACGACGCUGAGCGAUCCCUCGAUCGGGGCGAGAGGAGACUCGGGGACGUUGAAGCGGAUCGCUGAGAGCGUGUCGUCGAGGAUCAGGGACGCGGCGACGCACGUGGUGGUGGGAAGAUCGGAAUUUAGCGCGAAUUUGCGAUUCGCCAAGGGAACGCUCGCGUACGCGACGGCUCGGGCGACGAGCAAGGGGCCGACGCUGCGAAUCUUGGUGUUCGAUUCGCUCACUUUAGGGAGCGGGGCGAGUGGAUCGGAGCAGUUGGCGUUUCAGGCGAUGCGCGAGGAGAACGAUGAGGCGCCGGCGGCGAGACGGAAAGGCGGGGCCACGUGCGUGAGCGGAUCCGAAGGCUUGCCGAACGCCGUAGUGAAUACCGCGCUCAGCGCGCUGAACGACACAAGCGUGGACGAUGAUGACGACGAAGCUCGAGCGUCGGGACUUAGAGACGCGCUGACGAAGAAGUUUGGAUCGUUUUGGUACGUCAUCAGCGACGAUAGUGAUUUCGCCGUGGCGUGUCGAGCGUCCGAGCUGCCUGCACAACAUAGCGAUGACGAAGGUCUAGUUCGGGUGGUGAUGCGAUUCGUACGCGGGAAGACCACGUACGAGGUGUGGCACCACAUCGCACCGUUCGAUAGGUUUGGUCUCACGAAGAUGACGUGGUCAGAAAAGGCAAAAUACGCGAGGUACGGGAUGAUCUUCGUUGGGGGCUUGGCGACCAUGUGGUACAGGAGUAAGUGCACCGAGUCGCCAGACGCGUUGGCUUGCCAAAUUUUGCCCAAGACGGUGCCAUUCAUGCUCGGUCUAUUUAUCUUUUUCGUUGUGACGGCGCACGUGGACGCGGCGGCAUGGAAGAAGCUCGGCAAGGAAGUUUAG